UGUUUUUCAUUUUCAUGUUUUGUUAUUGUCAACACUGUUGUCUGUUAUGUAAUUAUUGAACAACAAAUAGAACGGAAUAUUUAUUUAUAAUUAAUCAUAUUAAUUAAAAAUGAUUACUUUUAAUUUUAAUUGUUAUUGUUCUGGCAAAUUAAAUAGUUUAAAGUGUUAUUAUCGUUUGUGGCAAAUUAUUAGAUUAAAACAUUCGUCGUCAUCGAUAAAGAAAUCAUAUGAAGUACUUGGACUUGAAGAAAAUUGUGACGAUGAAGCUUUGAGAAUUUCUUUUGUUCAUAUGGCUAAACAAUAUCAUCCAGAUAGUUGUUCUUCUUCAGCAAGUGCAACAAAAUUUUCAGAGAUAGAAAAAGCUUACAGGGAAAUUCAAAAAAAUAGAAAUGCUAGAAGAGAAAAAUCUAAUCAUCAAUUGAAUAACGAAGAUCCUGAUAUUAAACAUACAGCUCCACAACAUCGUCAAUAUUUGGUGCAUGACACUGGAGUUGGUACACCAAGUCAACGACAAAAAAGACAUACAACUCAGAGAGCUCAAAAAGCUGUUGAUAAUAUUAUGGAGCAUAGAUUAAAAUCAAUACAAGCAAAUGAAAAUAAUACACUUAUUGAAAAAGAUAAAAUACGAGCAAGAGAUAUUAAAACAAAAUAUGGUAUUGAUAGACUUGUUGAAGAUUACAUACAAGAAGCAAUGCAACGAGGUGAAUUUAGAGAUUUACCUGGAGCUGGUAAACCAUUAAAGGAUCGUACUAGUUCACAAAGUCCAUAUGUUGAUUUUGUAACAUAUAAAUUAAAUGAAAUUCUGAUUGACAAUGGAUUCACACCAGAAUGGAUACAAUUAUCAAAAGAAAUCCGAGAAGAAAUUAAGCAACUUGAAGAAAAUCUUUAUGAUGCAAGAACAAAUUUUGGGUCACUUCCAUUUUCGUCAGAAGACGAAGCAUCAUGGAAGAUAAUAUUAAAAUCAACAGAACCACUAAUUAAUCAAAUAAACAAAAAAAUUAAUAAAUAUAAUUUAUUAGUGCCAAUUAUUCAAAAACAAAUGAUACAAAUUAAUUUAAAAAAUCUUGAAGAUAAUAUUUUAACAAGACCAAUUGGCAAAAAAAAUAAUAAAACAUCUGAACAUUUAAAAAAUAUUAAAAUCAAUGAUAAUAAUAGUAAUAAUGAAAUUCCUAGAUUAUUUGAUUUUGUUUUUUCAAUUUUUGAAAAGAAAAAAAGUUGAUUUAUUAAUAAUUUUUUUUAUUUUAUUUUCUAUAGCAGAUACAGUUAUUUUAUUCUUGUAUAAAUUUAUUUUUCAAUUUUAACCAUGUUUUUAAUUUAAAAAAAAAAGAAAAUUUGAAAUAUUUUUCAAAUAUUAAUAAGAUGAUAUUAUCAGUUUAUUUUAUAAAUAAACUAGAAAGAUGUGUGUCUUUGCAAGUAUAUUAUUAGUCAUCAUAAGAAUAUUGCCAACCUGGUGCAUAAUUAUCCUUUUCUAAAAAGUCAAAUCUGUAUCGUGACAAACGAGUAAAAACAUUUAAAUUUUUACUUGUUUUACAUGCAUUUUUUGUUGCAAUUCCAAUGAUGGUAUUAUCAGAUAUUAAUAUAACAUCAUUGUUACCCUAAAAAAAGAUUUAAAAAUAUUAUUUACAACAGCAUGGGUAUAAAAAAUUAUAAUAAUUAUAAAAUAAUUACCUUGCAAAUAUCAAAUUCUUUUGUUUUAUUUGUACAAAGACGUUUUGGACCAGCUAAUUUACCAUCAGCAUUGAAACAUUGUGUUUUAUCUAAAAAUUGUGUUUCGAAUUUUGUUGGUGCACCAGUUCCAUCAUUAUUUAAACCCCAACCAACAGCAUAAACUGGAUAAUGAGCUGGAUAUACAUCAGCAGACACAACAUCACUUUCUAAUUGACCCAACAUUGGAUCAUUAACAAGACCAAUACGUUCUUGAAAGUUUACAUUUUGUACAACACUUUUACUCAACUAAUAAAAGAAAAAAAUAAUUAAAUUUUUAUUAAUUUA